CGUUACUGAUGAAAUUGGUAGCACUGAUGUUUUAAUUUAUUUGGGGUUGGUUGAAUUGUUGUCAGAAGUUGUCUUUCUUUUUGUGUCUUUUCCGAACGUCGUGACGCACGGUCACAAGAAUGGGAGCCUAUAAAUAUAUGCAAGAAUUAUAUCGCAAGAAGCAAAGCGAUGUGCUUCGCUUCUUGCUUCGUAUUCGGUGCUGGCAAUAUCGUCAGUUGACAAAACUUCACCGUGCUCCCAGACCAUCGAGGCCGGAUAAAGCUCGACGUCUUGGAUACAAGUCUAAACAAGGCUUCAUAAUCUUUAGAAUCCGCGUUCGUCGUGGUGGAAGAAAGAGGCCAGUACCAAAAGGUGCCACAUACGGUAAACCCAAGAGCCAUGGAGUCAAUCAAUUGAAACCAACCAGAAAAUUACAAUCAGUUGCUGAGGAACGUGUUGGUCGUCGAUGUGGAGGUCUAAGAGUCUUAAGCAGUUAUUGGGUGGCCCAAGAUUCCUCGUAUAAAUAUUACGAAGUAAUUCUUGUCGACCCAGCACACAAGGGAAUUCGUAAUGAUCCAAAAAUAAAUUGGGUAUGUAAUGCCGUACAUAAACAUCGUGAAUUGCGUGGAAAAACAUCAGCUGGAAAGAGUUCACGUGGCUUGGGCAAGGGUCAUAGAUUUUCGCAAACCAUUGGUGGUUCGCGUCGUGCUGCUUGGCUACGCAGGAAUUCAUUGUCUCUUCGCAGAAAACGUUAAUAAAAUUUUUUUUUUAUU